GUGAGAUCCAACAGUCUGCCUUUGCGACCCUGGAGCCGGCGUGGUUUGGGGAUGCUGAAGAAGCCACAGGCAGCCGGCCUGGACUGGAAUCUCUGAAAAGACGCCCCAGGAGACCCCAGGGUGUAAGAGAACAGCCCUCCCAAGAGUGGAAGCAAGUUGGAGAUUCUGGACAAGCUGUAUAAAGGAUAAUCUCCCGUCCACCUCUCCCCCUUCUCUGGACGUUAUACACAAACGUGGCCAGUCUGGACAUUCGUGUGUAGAAGAAGUGCUACCCAAAGACCCCAGCAGCCCUGCCAUUUAUUGAAACCAGGAGACUGAGUCUACAUAAAGUCCAUCAACGAAAGACUGCUUUGGCUCCAUGCUGGAAGGGCCCUUUCCAAGUCCUGUUAACCACCAACAUUGCUGUGAAGUGCCAAGGACUGCCUACCUGGACCCAUGCUUCUCACUGAAAAAAGACCCCUCCACCUCAGGAGGAUUCUCUGACUGAUGAUAAGCCUAUUUCUCUUUCUAGCUCUGCUGUGCCUUCUGGACAGCAGGAGAAAAAAAGACAAGGUGAAGUGCUAGUAACCUCUCCCUUGUCCACUGAUAGACCUACUGUGCCUUUAGAUUUUUCUAGAAGAAGCAAAACCAUUAUGGGGUGAUGUGCUAGUAACCUCUCCCCGUAUGAUGCUGAACCAUGACUGUUUCAGGAAAAGAGAAGAAGGAACACUCGCUCCAUUGAAACCGCCAAAGUCCAGGGAUUCCUGACUACAAAAGAUAUUAAGAACUGACCCUGGUGAAGAAACAAAGAAUUAUACACUGGCAGGAAGAAACUUGUGGGACCCAUGCUUGGGAAUGUGGUAUUGAUUUGAUUUUGGGGUUUAUUCUACAGGCUGCACCCUGUGUUUUGGGUAAGUCCUUCAGCAUGUAUUGCCCUCCCUAAUUGGAUUUUAAAUGACAAGUACCAAAGGCACCUUGUUGCCACUGCCCCUGCCAUCUCCUCCAUUACACUAUUACCCCUGUAACACAGACAAUGAUAUCCCAUGUACAGCGAACAAUUGAGUGGAAAACAAAUGGAUCAGUGGAGAUGAUGUCUGUUCCUGGAACUUGCACUGUGUUAAAUGAGAGAGGCCCUUAUUGUCAUUUGGUCACCCAAUUAGUGAAUAAUCAAACAAAUACCCAAAGAGUUUGUUCUGCCACUGGAAAUUUUACCUGCAUAGAAAUUAUUCCAGUGACUAAUAAUGUUACCUGUACCUUAUUGCAAUACCCCUCCUCUUAUGCCAUUAAUAUUAAAGCCUCCCAGAAGUACAUAAAGGUGUUUAACCAACAGAUAUGGUACAGUACUACACCAAAGAGAGAUGUAUUAGGAUAUCGAUGGACUGUGAUUAAUACUACAUUAGGGACUGUUAAAUUUACAUUGCCCUUAUCCAGUUUCCAGAUCACCUCUACAUACCCAAAUUGCUCACAGGGAGCUGCCAUUAGAUUAGCACAACAGAGGGCUUGGGUUAUUUCCUCUAGAAAGAAGAGAGACUUGACCGGAUCCCUAUGGGAUGGGGCCAAUAGUGCAGCAGCAGUUUGGAAUAUUUUUAGAAGCCAAGAACAUGAUGAGAAACUGGGGCAACUAGAGAAGGCCACUGGCCUUAGUUCUGGGGCACAGCUAACCCAGGUACAGCCCGGAGUUGAUGAGUUACAUGUUAUUUCCGCCCUUAGUUCUAUGAGCCAGAAGUUGCUGACAGAGAUGGUAUUGAAUAUCACUGAGGCUGGGAAGGCAUUGCAGUGGGAUCUAGCAUGUUCAGAAAUUCAGGAUUUCCUGAAUGACCAGCUAAUGGCUAUUCAGAAUGAUCUUGAGCAUCAGGCUUGGCUCACUGCCCUUACAGACACAUCAGGAGUACCAUCUGAUCUGUGGCCAUGGAGACUUAUUUGGAGAUUUUCUGGGUGGAUGUGCGGAUGUUCACAGUGCUCCUUCCAAGCAUAUGGACCGGUUGAGGGUGUGGGCUCCCACAUACCGAAUCCUGCCGGGUCCAAGGGGAGGAUGCAUGUGGGAUUGGGUAAUUCACCGAGACAUUUUCAAGCUAAUUUUAAAAAAAUUAAAAAGGAAUUAAUGGAGAUAUCCUAUCUCCUAGAACUGGAAGGGACCUUGAAAGGUCAUCAAGUCCAGCCCCCUGCCUUCACUAGCAGGACCAAGUACUGAUUUUGCCUGAGAUCCACUAAGUGGCCCCCUCAAGGGCUGAACUCAUAACCCUGGGUUUAGCAGGCCAAUGCUCAAACCACUGAGCUAUCCCUCAAGUUCUGCUUCUCUUCAAGGGAAGGGAAGCUGGAUGAGAUGUGCCGUCUUGCCCAGUGAUGCAUGUGCUCAGACCCUGCCUUUCUGUACUUCUAAGAUGAGGGUGUGUUAAAGCCACCACACUGCAAGAUAUACAUUUUAAUCUCACUACCGCUGCAGGCAAUCAUAUUAUUUACUGGUCUGCAGACAGAAUUGUGCAAGUAGCCCUUAGGUUCCAGAUACCCUUUAAUUGGACCAGCUUAGUACCUGAUCGAUUUCAAAAUAUGCUUUCACUGUUACCAGAGGUUCAGAGAAUCUCUGAAAUUCAAGGGCAAAUUCACAUGCUUCAAAAUAUAUAUCAAGUUGAAAAGUAUGCCUUUCAUACAGCUUAUAGAGUGUCUACUUUAUGUACUAAGUAUGAUGUAUUGUGCUUUAUGACUAAAACUGUACAACAACCCCAUCACAUUAUUGCUAUGGGAAUGUUAUUGCUUGUAUUGCUAUUAGUUAGCUUAGGAUUAUGUUAUUAUUGUUGUAAAGGACGUACUAAUAGUAAUACCUUUCAUGUUCAUGCUAAUCAUGCAUUGUCAUUACAUCCAAUCAAAACCCCUAAGGUUGAAGCAUCUGAUGUAGAAUCUGAAAUCCAAGACUUAAUGCAAAUAGAGAUUUAAGAAUGUUUGUUGUACUAGUAGUACAAAAUGGGGGAGGUAUGGAAGCAGAGAAAGAACUGAAAGGAAGGGGAUUGUAAUGCAUGACAGUUUGUUAGCAAGAGUCAGGCUAGCUGUAACCCUAAUAAUGCAAGAUUUGUAAAAGCGAGGAUUGUGUGAGGCGAGUGGGAAAGAACUGUGUGAGAAGUUGUUGCGACCUUGUGUAGAUAAGAUGGAAUGUAGACUAGAGUCUAAAUAAGUGAGAAAAAUAAGUUAUCAGGAUGACCUAUGUAUAAACAAAAUGCAGCUGUUGCUCAUUAUUGUCUGUAACAAAAGGUAUAAAUGCUUGCUGUAAUUGUUUACCUGUAGAGAGACCUGCGUAGGAGGGGGAGACCCUGUGUCCUAGUGCACUCUCUCCCUCUACACAAUUGC